AUGUUUCACGAAAAGCCAGAUAAACUACUUCUAUCAUCGAUAGAAAGUUUUGAAAUUGAGCCAGAUCUAUUGACUUUAAGGAGAAUAGAGGAGGUUAUAAACAAGACAAACCAAUACAGAUCAAAUACAAUUGAAAAUUAUGAAACCAAACUAAAUACCAUGAAGAGUGAAUUCCAGAGUUUGAUGUCAGAGAUAAACUUGCUAACCAAGGUUAGUGGAAUCAAUUACGAAAAUUUAAAGCUAUUGGGUAAUGGAAAUGAAGAAUCUAUGGGAGAUUUAAGCAACAAGAACAUCUUUAAUGUAAUGAAUGAGAAGUCGAUAGAAUUGGAUAACCUCAAGUUGUCGCUUGCCAAAAACUUGAACGACUUGGAGAGCCAAAUAAAUUCCAUGAAUAUAACAAAGAAAGACUUGAUGGAAAAGUAUGAGUUGGUGAAAAUGAAGAACGAUAAUUUGAUCAAUGAUAAUAUAUUGAAGAACCCGGAUUCGAAAGCCAUCAAGAUCAACAUCUAUAAAAACCUUGGAGUUGAAAUCGAGAGUGGGGAGGAAGGUGAAACCGAAAACAAACAAGACAAAGUGAUAAUUUAUAAUAAGGAGACCAACUUAUCAAGUAUACUAAAUAUUGAUGACAAGUACAGUGAAUAUUUCAUCACCAAUUACAUAUGGGAUAGGCUUCAGGGUUACUAA